GCGCCUCCAUCUUCCCUCUUGCAAGGGAAAACAGAAGCAGCGGCCAGUCUUUCCCCCCACUCCGCCCAAACAACCGCUCUCGUUUCCUAAUUAAUAAUUAAUUUCUCUUCCUAUAAAAACAACCCACUUAAACCCUCUCUUCCUCCUUCAGCUGCCUAACCAUAACAAGAACUUAAGUCGUCCCCACCAUCAUUAUUUCACAGGUACGCUUACAGCUCCCAUCAUCCCAAAAAAGACCCAGAAGUCGCUGCAGAGCCAAGUAAAGUCGCCCGUAUCUUAAGAUUGAAUGGAAAUCCAACAGACUCAAUGGUUGCCUGACUUGGGAAUGGAAGACCCAUCUUUCAAUUACUACCAAGGUUUUGACUGCUCCUCACUGGACGCCUUCGAUUUCGACCACGACACCAUUCCUCUGGCCAUCCCUCAAAGCUACCAAAUCCCGGUUCACCACCAGACCAGGCCGGCCAAACUUCCCAAGCACCAACUUACCAUUACCAACACCAACCAAUGCUCCAAAGCUUCUCCUCCUCCUCCUUCUUCCCCCUAUUCUUGCGUCAUCUCUUUCGAAAGCUCCACCGAUUCCCUCCAAAACCCUAGGAGAUCGGCUGCUGCCGCUGCUGCUGCUAUUGUCAAGCCUGAGUACACAUCAUCUCCGAUUCCGGAGCACGGCACCAAAAGGAGCGCCGCUGCUGCCACGACCAGAUCCCCUCUUAGUGCACAGGAUCAUGUCAUCGCCGAAAGGAAGCGCCGGGAGAAGCUCAGCCAGCGCUUCAUCGCCCUCUCCGCUGUCGUCCCAGGCCUCAAAAAGAUGGAUAAGGCGUCGGUUUUGGGAGAUGCGAUAAAAUACCUGAAGCAGCUCCAGGAGCGAGUGCAGAUAUUGGAGGAACAAGCGAGCAGCAGGAAGACGAUGGAAUCGGUGGUCUACGUGAAGAAAUCUCGUGUGUAUAACCUCGAUGACAAUAACGAAUUAUCGUCCUCCUCCUCCUCGAGUACUGAGGAGAACUACUUGUCCGAUGGCUCCCAGCUCCCGGAGAUCGAAGCCAGAGUCUCCGGUAAAGACGUCAUGAUCAGGAUCCACUGCGAGAAACACAAAGGGUGCAUCGCAAAGUUAUUGUGCGAGAUAGAGAAGCUGAAUCUCGGCGUGAUGAACAGCAACGUCUUGCCAUUUGGAAACUCCACUCUCGACAUAACUGUCGUCGCGCAGAUGGACUGCGAUUUCUCCACACCGAUGGUCGAUCUUGUGAGGAACCUAAGAAGGGCUCUAAUAAAAUAGUUACCGUUCUCAUCACAGCGCGAUUAGUGACUCAUUAUUCAUGCAUAUAGACCUUAGUUUUUUGCACUCCCAUACGUGUUUCAUUAUUCUUGCUUUUUUUGAUCCGUCAAGCUUGUGAAAGGAUCCAUGGCUCGGCUGUGCAAGUGCGAGCUCUUUCGUCACCAACCAUCGAAGGAUGCUGCUGAGGUUUCUUCUCUUCUUCAUCAUCAAGAGGGAUUGUUUGGGUUACAUCCCAAUUUUUUGCCUGGUUUUGAUCAGAUCGAUCAACCAGGUUUAUUUAGUCACCUUGAUUGUUGAAGAAUGGAAGAUUCAUGCAGUACUGCAUGAUAUUUACUUGUUGAGGGGUUUUUUUUUUUUACCGAGAGUUCAUGUAAUUUUUACUCUCUGCGUAAUUUUGCCCCGCUUACUCUCUAGAUAAGAGUUUUUGGGUUAUGUGUUUUUAUUUUGCUUUCAUUUUUCUUUCGCUGGGUAGUUGGCCAAUUUGUGUAAUUGUUUUCCACUCCAGAUUGUUGCUACGUCGACAUGCAAUAAAAGUCUCCAACUUAUUAAUUAGCAUGAUUGAUUUUUUUAUUUAUUUAUGAAUCGGGUAUUUUUCAUUUAUGAAAAAAAAAAGAUAGCAUUGAAAACAAUCUUAUAAACAAGGCAUACUGAAAAACUUUUUAUUGGCUGUAAUGGUUAUGGUUUGUAUAAGAUAAGCAAUAGGAACAAUGAGAUACGAAGGAAGAUGAAUCGAUUGACUCGAGUUUAGUCUUAAUUUCGGUUAGAUCUUAAUACAAUUAGUAGUUAGAAGGCUUAUUUCGCGGACUUGAUUUGCGGCUCACGGAACCUCUAAAGCCCACUUUAACAAUUUAAACCUACACAUCUCUCAUUCCAUUGACAAGGCCCCAUUCUAUGCACACAAUGGUUUCACACAUGACUAGACAAAGGCCCAUGAAGCCCAAUAGUGUUGCUGCCUUUGCUUAGGAAGCAUGGAGUUUUAUAUGAUUUUGCUUUGUUGAUUUGGUAGAAUUGGGUUGUUAGGCUAGAAAGUCAUCUUAAAGUAGGUUUCAAGUUAGUUAACGGGAUAGGUUAGGAUGCAGGAUCACUUGGGUUUACCUUUGAUCUUCAAUUAGCUAGAAUUGUAAGCGAUUGGACCCAAAAUCUUCGGAUGGUAAUCCGAUCAAUGUAGCUCAUCUCUAUUUCCCUAUUUAAAGGGUUGAAUGGAUUAAAAAAAGUGUAGAGAGAAUUAAUUUGAGAAAAGGGAACUUGAGUUCCCGGCUUGUCCGAGUCUAAAACGAACACCUAUUUCUCGUUGGAACCAUUGUUCCAGCAGCGGGCUUCGGCUUAAGACCAAAUUGCCACUCGUCGUACUGGCCUUCCAAUAUUCCAGACCCAAAGCAAUGACAAGAGUUUGUGUUCACAUGUGAUGCCAUUAAUAAAGUUUGCGACACGACUGAGAGUGGUCCGGAUGGCUGCACUGGUCUUUCAGAGUUCCUAAUCACGCUUUGACUUUACCUUUCGAUUUCUACUCUCUUCAUCCUUGAUCAACUCAAAGUCGAUCUUGUAGAGGAAGAAGAUGGGUUCCGGUCGUCGAUGCCGAAGAAGCCGGCAAAGAAGGAGAAGAUCAUAUGGUGAGAGAGGUUUUUGGUCGAUGGUCUGAAGAGAGAGAAGGGUGAAUUGUUACAAAUUCGUUUGGAUCUGAAAUUCAUGAGUAUGAGCGUAAUUUUGACCCAAUUUAAUCAAUUAGAUGUGAGUCCAUCCAAAAUCAAAUAGAAGAUGGCGUAAUUAAACGUCAUCGAUGAC